AUGUCGAAAUCUCACGUUGGUAUCUUUGGCACAUGGGACAUGAACUUCUGGACCACACCAGAGGAAGUCUUCAAAGCCAAGCUGGAGGCUAACCCCAUCCAUCCAUUCACGGAAACUUCCCCCGAUCAUUUCGAGGUGACACUCCGGUCGCCCUGGCUUUGGAUCUCGCUAUUCGGCCUCCUCGUAACCUCCAUCUCGACAGUCGGUUACUACGCAACAAAUCCUCCGGAUCAAUCUCUGACUUACUUCAUCAUGGCGAUUAUGGUCUUCUUCUACACCACUUUCGUGUACUCUGAUCUGAGGAGGAUUGUGAUUGACACGGCGAGACACGAGUAUGAGUUCCAUGUUGGAAGCAGACUGAUGUACAGAGGGCAUAUUCACAAUGUCUAUAUCAGGCUUGUUGGGCAGAAGAGUGGAACAGGCGACACCUACUACACUGUUGUCCUUAACGGCUUCCACCUCGAGGAGCAGGUCCUGACGUCAUCAACCAUCCGAAGACACAAACUGGAGAAACUCGGUCGCAAGUUGGCUGCGAGACUCAACGUGAACUACUUCGACUUUCUGGACAGGUCCGUCAAGCACGUGGUGCGGCAUCGCUGCCCGUAUGCGUCGCCCGAUGACUCGAUCGAAAGUCUUUCUCUCUUUGCCUAA